GUUUGACAAGCAUUUCCGUCAAUCGGAAUAUAGAUCGCAAUACAUCACAUCACGAUCACCCUUAUGCAAUUUGACGCAUAUUUUUUUUCUGUCAUAAACCUGCAAUUCUAAUGUAUUCCUUUAAAAGGUGGAAACGAGUGUGUAUUGUAUCACACUAACAAGCCCGCCCCUAACACUCAUUCCUCGAUUGGCGUGCUUACGGACAGCAGCCGUAGCGGAGCUGUGCUUCGACGUCGGGGGGUUUGAUAAGCGUGCUUUACUGUCUGCUUGCCUGCCUGCUUCAGUCUACUGCCGCUGCGCCGAGUUUGCAGAGACGAUCUGCAGCGCUAACCUCCGAGAACAGCUGAGAGCCUUCAUUGACCUACGGAAACCAUGGCAACAGCUAUGGCAGAGGCAGAGACGCGUCAGAAACUGCUGCGCACAGUCAAAAAGGAGGUGAAGCAGAUCAUGGAGGAGGCAGUGACUCGGAAGUUUGUGCACGAGGACAGCAGCCACAUUGUUUCAUUCUGCGCUGCGGUGGAAGCGUGUGUGCUGCACGGACUGAAGCGACGGGCUGCCGGGUUCCUCCGCAGCAACAAGAUCGCAGCGCUGUUCAUGAAGGUGGGGAAGAGCUUCCCUCUGGCUGACGAACUCUGCAGGAAGGCACAGGAGCUGGAGCAGAUCAUCGAGAGCAAGAGGAACCAGAUCCCCUUGAAUCCUGAUAGUACUCGGAAGCUGCAGAAACUGCCCUGCGUGCCUCCUCAGGUCAUCAAACAUCUAUGGAUCCGCACAGCCCUCAUCGAAAAAGUUCUGGACAAGAUCGUCCACUACCUAGUGGAGAACAGCAGUAAGUUCUAUGAGAAGGAGGCUGUGCUGAUGGACCCAGUGGACGGACCAAUACUUGCAUCCUUGUUGGUGGGCCCCUGUGCCCUGGAGUACACCAAGAUGAAGACAGCGGAUCACUUCUGGACGGACCCCUCUGCAGACGAGCUGGUCCAGAGACACCGCAUUCACAGCGGUCACUGCCGGCAGGACUCUCCCACCAAGCGCCCUGCUCUCUGUAUCCAGAAGAGGCACUCCAGUGGUAGUAUGGAUGACCGUCUCUCCCCCUCAGCCCGUGACUAUGUGGAGUCCCUGCACCAGAACUCCAGGGCCACGCUGCUCUUUGGCAAGAACAACGUCCUGGUCCAGCCGAGAGACGAUAUGGAAGCCAUCCCGGGGUACCUGUCUCUCCACCAGACCGCAGACAUCAUGACCCUGAAGUGGACACCCAACCAGCUGAUGAACAGCUCUGUGGGAGAUUUAGACUAUGAGAAGAGUGUUUACUGGGACUAUGCCAUGACCAUCCGUCUGGAAGAGAUUGUGUAUUUGCACUGUCACCAGCUGGUGGACAGCGGUGGGACAGUGGUGCUGGUGAGUCAGGAUGGGAUCCAGCGCCCCCCCCUGCGAUUCCCGAAGGGGGGGCACCUCCUGCAGUUCCUGUCCUGCCUGGAGAACGGGCUCCUUCCUCGCGGACAGCUUGACCCUCCGCUCUGGUCUCAGCGGGGAAAGGGGAAGGUUUUCCCAAAGCUGCGAAACAGAAGUCCACAAGGAUCCCCGGAGUCUGUGUCCGACAAGGAGGAAGAGGAAGCCACGGACUACGUGUUCAGGAUCCUCUUCCCAGGCAGCCAGUCCGAGUUCGUUACCAUUACCCAUCGCCCUCAUCAUCAUCAUCAUCACCCUCGUCCCCCUCCCUCCUCCCUCUCCCUCUCCCACUCCCUCUCCCUGAACCUCCGGAGACGCCCCCCUAGGCGUGUUCCUGCCGGUCGGAUCCUGGUCAUCCCCAAACGCUCCUCCAGUUUCUCUGGCAGGAGCAGCCAGCCUCCUGCACCCGACCCCAGCAGGACUCAGCAUGGCUUAUCGCAGGACCUCAUGGAGCAGGGUGCGGCCCUGUGGCACCCCACUGCCAGGAAGUCCUCCUGCUCUUCCUGUUCCCAAAAUGGCUCCUCAGACGCAGUGCCUCCAAACGGUUGCAACCAUGAAAGGGCCCCGCUGAAGAUGCUGUGUGACAACAUGAAGUAUCAGAUCAUUUCCAGGGCUUUCUACGGCUGGCUUGCGUAUUGCCGUCACAUGUCCACUGUGCGCACGCACCUGUCAGCGCUGGUGAACCACACCAUUGUGGACCGGGACGUCCCACACGAGGCCGGCGGGGGGCUGACGGCAAAGAUGUGGCAGAAAUACCUCCAGGACUGUAAGGUUUAUGAGGAGCAGGAGCUGCUGCGGCUGGUUUACUUCGGAGGGGUGGAACCCACAAUCCGCAGGGAGGUGUGGCCCUUCCUGCUGGGGCACUACCAGUUCGGGAUGUCGGAGAAUGACCGGAAAGAGGUGGAUGACCAGAUGCGUGCCUGCUAUGAGCAGACGAUGAGCGAGUGGCUGGGCUGCGAGGCGAUCGUUCGCCAGCGGGAGAAGGAGCAGCACGCCGCCGCCCUCGCAAAGUGCUCCUCGGGAGCCAGUCUGGACAGCACGAUGCAGAAGAUGAUGCACCGUGACUCCACCGUCAGCAACGAGUCUUCCCAGAGCAGCAGCUCGGACAGACAGAGCCAUGCGCGGCUGCAGAGCGACUCCAGCAGCAGCACGCAGGUGUUCGAGUCUGCAGAGGAGGUGGAGCAGAUGGAGACGGAGGUGAGGGCCGAGGAGAGCGUCAAGGCAGCCAAACGUCCCAACGGAGCCGUCCCCAACGAAACCUGCUCCCCCGAUUCCGGACACCCUUCCUCCCGGAACUUCUCCAUCACCUCCGGAUUCUCCGACCGCAGCUUCAGCAUCGAGGACAGCGGUGCCGGCACCGAGUCCGCAGCUAAAACAUCUGGACAGCAGCCUCCGCAAGCACUGACCAAACCACAGCAGCAAGAGGGAGCCAACCCCAGCAAGAAGACUCCAGUUCAGGGCACAGAAGAUGCCGAUCGGGGUCAGGUGACUGAAGAGACCGUCCCUCCUGUCUCCAAAGGGGCUGCUGAAGAGACCCGGCCGGCUGAGAAAAGUCUGACCACCAACGCGAGCUCGGAGGACCUGCUGUCCGCCACUGGGUUGCCCUCAGAGGAGGGGCCUCCCCCAGGGGAGGUGGCCAGGCUGCCUGUGCUGGAGAUGCAGGUGGACGAGGAGGCUGAGAAGCAGAGCCUGGUGGGCAGCGAGGACAACCUUUCUGAGGAGCCUGAAAUGGAGAGCCUGUUCCCCCAGUUUGUCUCGCUGGCUGUGGGAGCGGAGGGUAAAACCGAAGCCACGUCCCCCGUCUCCUCCAUCGGGGUCACCUACUCUCAAGAGCUGCUGGACAUGUACACGAUCAACCUGCACCGUAUCGAGAAAGACGUGCAGAGGUGCGACCGAAACUACUGGUACUUCACUCCUGCCAAUCUGGAGAAACUGCGCAACAUCAUGUGCAGCUACAUCUGGCAGCACCUGGAGAUUGGGUAUGUGCAAGGCAUGUGCGACCUGUUAGCUCCCCUGCUGGUCAUUCUAGAUGACGAGGCAAUGGCCUUCAGCUGCUUCACGGAGCUCAUGAAGAGGAUGAACCACAACUUCCCUCACGGAGGAGCCAUGGAUACACACUUCGCCAACAUGCGCUCCCUCAUCCAGAUCCUGGACUCGGAACUCUUUGAGCUGAUGCACCAGAAUGGGGAUUACACACAUUUCUAUUUCUGCUACCGCUGGUUCCUUCUGGACUUCAAACGAGAGCUGGUGUACGAUGAUGUGUUCUCGGUGUGGGAGACUAUCUGGGCUGCGAAGCACACAUCAUCGACCCACUUUGUGCUCUUCAUCGCUCUGGCAAUGGUGGAAAUGUACAGAGACAUCAUCCUGGAAAACAACAUGGACUUCACCGACAUCAUCAAGUUCUUCAACGAAAUGGCUGAACACCACAAUAGCAAGCGUGUGCUGACGUUGGCACGGGACCUGGUCUACAAAGUGCAGACGCUCAUCGAGAACAAGUGAAGGGGGUGCGCGACAACGAAGCUCUACAAACACACUCAUGAUCACAUCCUUCAUCCUCGCACCGGCUUCUCUCGUUCUGUUCACUGUCAGCGCGCCAGCGUCAGAGGCCACAGUAACGGAUCCCUUGUAUAAAUCAGAGAGAGCCAGGUUUAGCCACCUCUGCCGUUAUAUACGUUUUACUGCAACACUGUAUCGCUGAACAUCCAGUAAGUGAGAGCUGGGGACCUUCAGUGGUGCCUGUUUUAUAUCAGUCAGGUUUCUGUAUCGCAUCGCAUGGGGGGGGGGGGGGGGGGGGUUUAUAGAGAACUCCUUCUCUAGAGUACCUGAAUAGGAUUCUGUUCUAUAGCACUGCCAAGCCAUGAAGUGGUUUAGCAAUAAAGAUCACAUGGGUGUCCAGCAGUGCUGCAGAUUUGAGGGGAGGGAGAAGGACUGUGGAUGAGACUGCAUGUCGAGCGACUCUUUCAGUUGCUUUCGCUGUCCUCAGAUUGCAGUUCAUGGACAGUCCUGAGUGUUCUUUUAUUGUUCAAUUAGAAACGUCAUUAGUUCAUUGUUUCAGUGUUUACCCACCAAGACAGAGUUUAGGAUUUCACCAUUGCCGCUCAACAUUUGUGGCAAUAUCUUAGUACUAUAUAGUGUGUUGUAUUUUAUUUGUAUAAGGUGGGUAUGUGUUUCCUUAGAGGAUAAUCUAGUGGUGAUACUAAACUUUACACACAAGAAUAAAGAGUUUCUGCACAAACGUAACUACGCCAUGCCUUUGUGUGGAGUGCAAGGCAGUGAUUUGAGAGUGGUGCGCAGAAUCUGGAAAAUUCCGUUCUCUAUUCCCGUAGGCAUCUCGUGUUUUAUGUGUCCUUCAUCACUAGGUGGCACUGUAACAAGGUUGUAAAAGCAGACAUGCAAGCUGGAAAGACUAGUUCAUAUUAUCCUCUAGUGAAGCACAUACUCUCACCCCAGCUUCACACAAAUGUAAUCAUUGUGUUGAGGUAACAGUGUAUCUUCACCUGGAUUUAUAUGUGCUAAACAGAGGUGCCACUGGACAUAUGAAGGGAGAGGAGGUGGGGAGCUGAGUGUAAUGUAUACCGACUGGAGAUGUCAGUGAAAUCUAAAUGAAAGGUAGCAGAAGUGAUUCUGUAAAUCACACAAAUGAAACCCUGUUUUUAAUAAAGAAAGGACAAUGUGCCAAAACACUUCAACAUUCCACUUAGAGACUGACAGAUCAUUCAAGCUGGGGGGAAUGUCAGAACACAUCUAGUACCAGAGUGAUAGGUCGGGAGAGGCAGCCUGUGACCAGAGUGUCUCGUGUGGGUUCGAUCGAUUCAGACAGGUUAAAAACUAGAAAGUCAUUUCCAGCUAGCAGACUGAAGCGUUUUCUAAUACACUAUAUAUAAUGCUAAUGAUUUAUUGCCCAUAGGUGUCCAAUUACUGAGCUCUUUAUAUUGUAUUAGCUGAGUCUCCGAUCCCUGUAUUGAGUUAUUUGUAUUGAUGUUAAAAAUCAAUCGGCUUUAUUUUUUUUAUUUAUUUUUUUUAAGUUCCAAAAUGUUUAGCGGUUCACUAAAAGAAGGUGCAGGAUAAAAAAGCCCUCUGUCAAAGUCUGUCAAAUCUGCUUUCUUUCUCAUUGUGACAAACAGAUCUCCUACUGGGAGAUGCAGCUUUUAUUUCUUGCAAACGCAUCGGGAUUCCCUUUGCAUAAUCAGUCAUGUGAGAAGCAGUCCCUUCACACACAACCUUGUGUCCAUCCCCUUUAUCUUUAGAGUUAGAUGGACUACAGUAUCUUAUGCUAGUGUUGUAUUUCUUCUGAAAGCUUCCUCUGACAUCAUCAGAUAUGAAAGCUAUGUGUUCCUCUGACAUCAUCAGAUAUGAAAGCUAUGCGUUCCUCUGACAUCAUCAGAUACGAAAACUAUGUGUUCCUCUGACAUCAGAUAUGAAAGCUAUGUGUCCCUCUGACAUCAUCAGAUACGAAAGCUAUGUGUUCCUCUGACAUCAUCAGAUACGAAAGCUAUGUGUUCCUCUGACAUCAUCAGAUAAGUUUUUAUGCUGUUUUUGUUAUAAUGAGUAAUCUGGAUUUUGUCUUUCCAGUACAGUUAAAAUAAGGGACUGGUUAAGCAGCAUCCUUCUGGUAUUCAGGAAACUUUCAGCUCAUUCAGCUCUCAUUUUGUAGCUAAAGUUGAUAAAAAACAAUACGUGUUUCAUAUCAUGAAUGUGUUCAGUUAAAAAAAAGAAAUCUGCUACACGACAGAGUUACUGCGAUAUAGACACUGCAGUACAGCUAGCAUGCUUGUAGUGCCGGCUGCUCUACCACAAACACAAGAGACACAUUUCAUCGUGUUAAAGAGAAAGUAUUGUUAGCAGAACAUCUUUAAGUAUCCUCGGUCAGAAAAAAUAAAUGUACUGUUCAAAGUGCCAGUGUUUUCAAUGACAUGUAUUUAUUAUUCUUCUUUUUUUAUUCGUCUGAUUUUAUUGUACAUUUUCAGAAAGUGUCUCUGUAUCCUGCUUGUGAAUUGUACUGUAAUUUUAAAAAAAGAGA